GAAACAAAGUUGAUAAACCAGGGUACUGUAACCUGGAGACCCCAGUCUAAAAGUGGGGUGAAUCACAGGAUUCCAACCCGAGAGACAGAGUUUCCUGAGAAUGAAGAUUUUGACACUGUUUAAUUUCAUCCUUGCAAAUUGUUUAAUAAUGGCCACUGGUAACUCAACUCUACAGAGUUGUUUUCAAGAGCAGCUGAGGCUCAAGGCCCAGGUGAGACUUCUGGAGUAUCGUGUGAAACAGCAGCAGGUAAAAAUUGUGCGGCUCUUACAGGAGAAGGAGAUUCAAUACUAUGACAAUGGAGAUGAAAAUAGUGUUAUUGACCUGGGAGAAAAAAGACAAUAUGCAGCAGAUUGUGCAGAGAUCUACAACGAUGGACAUAAACGCAGUGGAUUUUACAAGAUGAAACCUCUCCAGAGUCCUAGUGAGUUCCUUGCCUACUGUGACAUGUCAGAAGGGGGAGGCUGGACUGUUUUUCAGAGACGUUCUGAUGGCAGCCAGAAAUUUGAUAGAGCCUGGGCUGACUAUGAACAAGGUUUUGGAAAUUUUGUUUCGAGAAAUGGUGAAUACUGGCUUGGAAAUAAAAAUCUUCACUAUCUCACCAAUCAAGGAAACUACACCCUAAGAAUCGAUCUCUCUGAUUUCGAAGGAGAGCGGCGAUUUGCACAAUAUGAAAGCUUCAGAGUUGCUGAUGAAGAGAGCUCAUACCAGCUAAGCUGUGGAGAAUACUCUGGCACAGCUGGUGACUCCCUUACUGGGGGGUUUCACCCUGAAGUGAAAUGGUGGGCUGAUCACCGAGGAAUGAAAUUUAGUACACAAGACAGAGACAAUGACAACUAUGAAGGGAACUGUGCUGAGGAGGACACAGCUGGCUGGUGGUUUAACAGGUGUCACACUUCCAACCUGAAUGGUGUGUACUAUAAAGGACCUUAUACAGCAAAGACAGACAAUGGAAUUGUUUGGUACACAUGGCAUGGGUGGUGGUAUUCUCUGAAAUCUGUUGUCAUGAAAGUCAGACCAGCAGACUUUGAACCCAAUGUUGUUUAAAUAUCUAGUUAAUAUAAUUCAUCCAGUUAAUCUUUGAGCAAAUCCAUCCAAAUUAAGCCAGAUGGGCAGAUUUCUCCCUCCACUCUCCCUCCCCCGCCUCAUUUACUCCUGUAUAAAUCUGGAGUAACUUCAUUAAAAUCAGUGGUUUUAUAUGAGUAUAAAUGAGAAUAGAAUCUGGCCUUAAGCCUGGAGAUACAAAUAAUGUGUACAGGAUUGCUAAAGAGACUGGACAAAGUGCACACAGGGUUUAUGGCAACUUUCACCCAUGUAGAAUACUUAGCAGUAGAACUCUACAAGCAGGGGGAACUUCCACUUGACUGACAGGCAUAAUGUGGGACAGGACUUCCCCAAAAGCGAGUGGCAUUGGUCAGGAAGGAGGAAUGCACUGCUAUUGUAGCUUCUGCUGGUGAGACUCCUUUGGAAUCAAAAGUGGAAUUCAAAGCAGCCUACAAUGCCAGAACCUCUGAGGAAGGACAGCAGUGGGACCAUCACCUUCCAUUCCUAGGACACAAGAGACUAGGCUGGUAUACAGGUGCAAUUUGUACCUUCUGGGGAAUGGAGUACAGGAAAGUUGCCAACUUGGCCCACGCUAUUUUGGACUUUUUUCAUUUGGAAACCAUUUCUAUCUAAAUCUAUGCAUAAUACAUAGGAUUUAAUGGAAAAAUUACAAAAUAGAUUCACUAUAUUGUCUUCAAAAGCAAUGUGAAUAUAUAUUACACAUAAAAAUGACAUUAAAAGAAUGUUACAGGCACCUCAAUUAAUGCACGGAAUGGACCGUUUCUGGGAAUUAAUCCUGGUUGUGUAGAAUGAAGUUGUUGGCUGUAGGAUCCCUGUGUCAUUUGUUGCAAAAGUUGGAAGAUGUGUAGUGAAUGAGGCAGAGGCCUGAAGGAAGAGAAAGGAGGGUCUUGUGGUUAAGGCACUUUAGUGCUCCCUUAGAAAGUUGGGUUCUAUCCUUGCCUUUACUAUAUAGUUCCUGUGUGAUGUGGGCAAGUCACUUAAACCAAACUUUUCACAGAUGGCCACUAAUUAUGGGUUCCUCAUUUUCU